AUGAGACUGUCAGCUGCUAUCAUGGCCACCCCCAGUGUCCUGGCUUUUGACGCUGAGGGCCGCGCCAUUGACUUUGCAGUCUGGGUCGACGACCUGCAGCUGUACUUGCUUUGCGAUACGGUAGAUGAAGUUUCUCUCUUUGACUUUGUCUCUGGCGCUGUACCUGCCCCUCCUACUAAUGCUGACCCCACUCUGCGCUCCAAGUGGGCCUCACGCGAUGCGGCUGCACGUCUUGCUGUGCGUCGCCACCUCCCUUCCUCCGAGCGCGCACACUUUAUCGCUGACCUCUUUACCCACCUUCGCGCUAGUGACACUCGCUACCGAGCUGCGCUUCCUGCUGCCUUCUGCGCCGAAAACCCCCCUCCCAUGUACAUCACCCUCUACUUUCUAGUCACCCGUCUCCCGGAGUCCCUUCGUGCUGUUAGGGACCAGUUUCUCUCUGUCUGUCCCACCACCCUCACUGUCGACCUCCUCGAGAAGUCCCUGCUAGCGGCCGAGAAGAGCAUAGUCGCUGUAGGGGCCUCUCGUGGUGACCCCCGCACCCCCAUCUUUGAGGGGUGUUCUCCUUCCCCCCUGUUACCCUCUAUCGCCUCUGCUGCUGCGGCCGACCUCGAUGGUCUAGAGUCGGUCGGUGCGGCGUCUGCCCCCAGCGGUAGGCGCCGCUCUGGCAAGGGCAAGGGGGGCAAGGGAGCGGGUGGAGCUAGCGGGGGCGGUAGCGGAGGAGGUGGGGGCGGCGGGGGGAGUGGGGGUGGCGGUGGAGGUGGUGGCGGGGGUGGAGGUACUAGUGGCGGCAGUGGAGGCGGAGGUGGCGGCGGAGGUGGCGGUGCAGGUGGCGGUAGGAGCGGCGGGGGCGAGGGUGGCGGUGGCGGCGGUGGCGGAGGAGGCGGGGGUGGCGGUGGUGGAGGUGGUCGGAGUGGCUCGUCCCAGCGGAGCAGCACUGGGGGUGGUCAGCGCCAGCACCAGCAGCAGCAGCGCUCUCGCGACGUCCCUGCCCCUCAGCAGCUCCGUGAGUGGUACUCGCAGCGUCAGCGUGGUGGGGCGUUCGGUCCCUGCACCUACGUCCUUCGCAACGGCGACCGCGCGAGUGAGCAGUGUGGGGGCACCCACACCGCCCGCCGCUGCUUUGCCCGCUUGACCGACGCUUGGCGCCAGCAGUUUCCGGAGGCCUCUGAGAUCCCCCGCUGGGGAGAGCUGUCUAGGGCUGGUGUAGCCAUCUUUGAUCUUGACUUUGAUGCUAUCCUUGCUGCCAUGUAUGCUGUGACUGUUAGUGAUGAGGGUGACUGUUACCGGUGUUUCCCGCCCGACCCGGGCAUUGGUACUGCUGCGUCAGGUGCCAGUGAGGCUGCUGCUCUAGGUGCCAGUGCGUCUGUGCUCCCAGGUACUAAUGAGUCUGCGCUCUCAGGUACUGUGUCGGCUUCGGCCUCUCACACCUUCACCCUUGACUCUGGGGCGUCUCGCUCCUUCUUUCGGGACCGCACCACUCUCACGCCGCUUAGUCGGCCGGUUGCGGUGUCCCUGGCUGACCCCUCUGGGGGUCCUGUCCUGUCUCGUUUCUCCACAGUCCUCCCGUGUCCGGCGGCUCCCUCUGGCACCCUGUCUGGUCUCUACAUCCCCUCGUUCUCUACGAACCUGGUGAGUGGUGCUGACCUACAGGAUGCGGGUGUCCACCAGUUCACUCCUGCUCAUCAGCGGGUGACACACUGCACAGAGGCUAGCACAGGUCGCCACCUUGCUACGUUUACGCGUCAGCCAGGGUCGAGCCUGUACACACUUACCACUGCUUCUCCUCCAGGUGCUGAGUCUGGUAGGGUCUCUUCGUCUAGUCAGGUGUUUGCUGCAGCGUCCAGGUCUGGUCCUGAGUCUGCCCCCUGUUCGUGUCGCCGUCUGUCUCACGAGACCCUCCUCUGGCACCACCGCCUUGGCCACCCCUCCCUACUUCGGCUCAGAGGCAUGGCCUCCCGUCUUCUUGUGUCUGGUCUCCCCCGGUCCCUCCCUCCCCUUCCUCAGGGCCCUGGCCCUGCCUGUGUCCCCUGUGUCGAGGGGCGCCAGCAUGCUGCCCCUCACUCCUCCCAGUUUCCUCCGACAGAGGCUCCGUUGCAGACGCUUCACAUGGACGUGUGGGGCCCUGCCCGCGUCCGUGGACUCGGUCACGAGCGCUACUUCCUGUUGGUGGUUGACGACUACUCGCGUUACACCACAGUCUUCCCCUUGCGCAGCAAGGGUGAUGUCACUGAGGUGCUGAUCGACUGGAUCCGCGCCGCUCGUCUCCAGCUCAGGCAGAGCUUUGGCUCGGACUUUCCUGUGUUGCGUCUGCACUCGGGCAGGGGCGGAGAGUUUUCCUCUGGCCUUCUGAGUGCCUACUGUCGUGCGCGAGGCAUCCGCCAGACCUUCACGCUUCCGGACUCACCGCAGCAAAAUGGGAUUGCAGAGCGCCGCAUUGGCAUGGUCAUGGACGUCGCUCGUACGUCUAUGAUGCAUGCGGCUGCCCCCCAUUUUCUGUGGCCGUUUGCGGUCAGGUACGCGGCGCAUCAGAUCAACCUCCACCCCAGGGUCUCUAGGCCGGAGACCUCCCCAACCCUGCUGUGGACGGGGAAGGUUGGCGAUGCGUCGCCGUUCCGGGUCUGGGGAUCUCGGGCGUUUGUCCGCGACUUGUCUGCGGAAAAGCUGUCCCCUCGCGCUGCUCCCUGCGUCUUCCUGGGGUUCCCCCCCGACGCCCCUGGGUGCCUGUCGAGGUCACUGGUGACUCUGGUGCUGCUGCGGGAGCUGAGCCUUGGGGGUGCUGUGCCUGGGGGUGCUGAGCCUGGGGGUGCGGGGUCUGAGGGUGCUGAGUGUGGGGGUGCUGAGCUUGGGGGUGCUGUGCCUGGGGGUGCUGAGCCUGGGGGUGCUGGGCUUGGGGGUGCUACGCCUGGAGGUGCUUUGCCUGGGGGUGCUGAGCCUGGAGGUUCUUCGCCUGGAGGUUCUCCGGGUGCUUCGUCUCGCCGAGAGCCACUCUCCUCUCAGGAGCUGCGUGAGUGGUUUGCUCGGCGCUGGAGGCGUGCUGCUGGUGCUGGAGGUUCUUCUGCUGCUGAGGGUGCUGCUGCCGGAAGUCCCGGAGGUGCUCGUACUGGGAGUACUGGAGCUGCUGGGCCUGCGGGUUCGCCUGGAGCUGGUGCUACUAAGGGUGCUGGCGCUGAGACUACCACUGGUGGUUCGACUGGCGGUGCUCCUAGUGCUGCUGGAGUUUCUGGGGCUGCUGGAGGUGCUGCUGGAGGUGCUGCUGGAGCUACAGGAGGUGCUGCUGGAGGUGCUGCUGGAGCGGGUACUCCUGCUGGGGGUGCUGGUGCUGUCCCUACUGUUUCUGGAGUCCCCACGCGGCCCCGACCGUACUUCGUACCGCUCCUGCAGCAGGUUUUUGGUCUUCCACCUUCUCUUGGUCCUCCUCCUCCUCCCUUAGAGGGUCCACAGCCAAUCCAGUCACUGCUACAGCCUGCCUCCCCUUUGCCUGCUCCUUCUCCCUACGCUGGUCCGACUGGAGGUCUUACUGAGCGUCGUGAGCCUGCGUCUCGUCCUGCGUCGCCUGUUCGUACUGCGCGCACUAGUGGUCGCGGCUCGCGUCAGCGUCCGCCUCCUGUCUUUGGCACGCACCGAAUGUCUCUGCAUCUGUCCACUGCUCCUCUAUGUGCCCCUUUGCCUUCUCCUCCUUCUUCCUCUCUUCCUGCUCUUGCCGACCCGGAGUCGGACUCUCUUCGUGCUGCCAGUCCUACUGUCACGCGUCUCCUUGCUACUGCUGUCACUGACCCUUCUUUCAAGUCUUCUGCUGCGUCUGCCCUUGUCACUGAGCUCGUCGACUUUGCUGCACACUGUCGUCUAGACUACGCUGCUGGUCUUGUCGCUGAGUCUGAGUCUGUCUGUCCUCCGUCCGUUGGGGGUGAGUGUGCCCUUGGCACGAACGUCCUUGAGGACAGGCAGGAGGAGUUUCAGUGUCUGGCCGCCGCUUCACCUCAUCUCGCGUCUGCAGCUAUGGAUGCAGAGAUGGCUUCCUGGAAGUCCACAGGCACCUACGUUGACGCUGUUCCCCCUCCUGGGGCGAACAUUGUCAGUGGCAUGUGGAUUUUCAGGGUGAAGCGGCCGCCGGGUUCUCCGCCUGUCUUCAAGGCGCGGUACGUGGCUCGUCGUUUCAGUCAGCGGCAGGGAGUUGACUACUUUCAGACCUUCUCGCCCACCCCAAAGAUGACCACUCUUCGGGUACUGCUGCACCUUGCUGCUCACCGUGACUACGAGCUGCACUCUCUCGACUUCAGCACUGCUUUCUUGCAGGGCAGCCUGCACGAGGAGAUCUGGCUACGUCGCCCACCUAGCUUCACUGGGUCUUUCCCUCCUGGUACCCAGUGGAGUCUCCGGCGUCCAGUCUACGGUCUCCGCCAGGCGCCGCGUGAGUGGCACGACACACUGAGGACUACGCUGGCGGCACUUGGGUUUGCUCCCUCCACUGCAGACCCGUCGCUGUUUCUGCGCACCGACACCUCUCUGCCGCCGUUCUACAUCCUCGUGUACGUCGACGACUUGGUCUUUGCCACAGCUGACACUGCUGGACUCGCCUACUCACACAUGGUGCAGCAGGUCCUUCAGCGCUUCGGCUUCACGUACUCCUCGCCUCAGGCCACUCCUCUGCCUACUCGCCACUCGCUCUCAGCUCUGCCUUCGGAUGAGUCCGUAGAGUCGAGUGGCUCGUAUCCAGAGCUUGUUGGCUGCCUCAUGUACCUGAUAACCUGCACACGACCUGACCUUGCAUACCCUCUGAGCAUUCUUGCACGCUAUGUUGCUCCUGGGAGACACCGACCAGAGCACAUGGCUGCAGCGAAGAGGGUGUUGCGCUACUUGUGCAGUACGUCGGGCAUGGGGCUAGUGCUUGGAGGGCGCAGUCCAGUGGUCCUCACUGAGCACGCAGACGCUUCUUGGGCUGAUGACCAGGCUACGCAGCGGUCGUCACAGGGUUAUACCUUCAGUCUUGGUUCCGGCUCUGUAUCGUGGCGGGCUACCCGCUCAUCUUCUGUUCUCGGCUCCAGUUGUGAGGCUGAGAUCUACGCCGGGGCCAUGGCUGCACAGGAGUUACGCUGGCUCACCUACCUGCUGACCGACCUUGGAGAGCCGCCUCGUUCUCCUCCAGUCCUGUACGUAGACAACAAGGCCAUGCUGGCCUUGUGUCGAGAGCAGCGACUGGAGCACAGGACAAAGCACAUUGCUCUCCGCUACUUUCUUGCUCGUGAGCUACAGCAGCGUGGACAGUUGCGACUUGCGUACGUGGCCUCUGAGGCCAACACUGCUGAUGUCUUCACCAAGGCACUUGCGCCUUGUGAUCAUCAACGCUGCUGCACGCAGCUGGGUCUUGUACCUCUCUUGCCUCACUCACUCACUUCUUGA